AUGGUUCAAUCAACAAGACUGCUGCGUCAAGCGGCACAGGCGCUUUCACGCACACCGCACCCCACGCUGUCACUGUCGCCCGCUGUCCGCUCUGCGCUGGCACCGUCCACUAGAGCACCACUCGUCGCUCUCGAAUCGACCAUCAUCACCCACGGUCUUCCAUACCCUUACAACCUCGAGGUGGCCCAGGAGCUUGAGCAGACGGUCGUCGACCAUGGUGCCGUACCAGCCACCAUCGCUCUCCUCGAUGGCAAGCCGCUCGUCGGUCUUCAGCAGCAGCAACUCGAGAGACUUGCGCAGUGCGCUAUCGACCAGACCAAGAACGAGGCGAUCAAGGCCAGCCGCAGGGAUAUCGCCCACGUUCUCGCCAAGGGCAAGGGCACUGUGGGUGGUACCACGGUCAGCGGGACCAUGGUGCUGGCACACAUGGCUGGCAUCAAGAUCUUUGCGACGGGCGGCAUCGGCGGUGCGCACCGAGGCGCUGAAUCCACUAUGGACAUUUCAGCCGACUUGACUGAACUCGGACGUACGCCUGUUGCCGUAUUCUGCUCCGGACCCAAAUCUAUCCUCGACAUCCCACGCACGCUCGAAGUGCUCGAAACGUUCGGUGUCUCGGUCACCACAUUCAACUCUACUGGCGAGUUCCCUGCCUUCUACACUUCCAACUCUGGCCUCUACGUACCUUACGCUGGCAGCGACGCACAGGCAGCUGCGUCCAUCCUUGUCAACGCCCAACUCGGUCUUCAGAGUGGCCAAGUGUUUGCCAACCCGAUCCCGACCGAGUUCAACGAGAUUGGUGCCAAAAUCCAGCAGUGCGUCGAGCAGGCAGUCCGCGAGUCGAUUGAGCAAGGAAUCGACAAGCGCGGAAAGGAAGUCACCCCUUGGCUCCUCAAGCGCAUGGCCGAGCUCAUCCCGGAGAGCAAGCAGAGCAACCGAGCCCUCGUGGUCAACAACGCCAAGAAAGCAGCCCAGGUCGCCGUCGAGCUGCAUAGGAUCGAAGAGGAUGCCAAGCGCUCGGAGGACACACAUGCCCUUGGUGGGAUUGAAUCGACUCCGUCAAUAGGAAAAGCGAGUAUAUUGAUCUUCGGAGCAGCAGCCGUCGACGUCACCUCGCAAACACGGUCUGCCGGUGCUCAAAAGCUCGCAGCGACUACAUAUCCCGGCCGCGUAUCAGUGACUCUAGGCGGAGUAGCCCGCAACAUGGCCGAGACAGCUACGCGGGUGCUGUCCUCCUAUUCAACUUCGCCCGUCAAGCUCAUCUCACCGCAUGGAAACGAUGAUUUCGGAUUGCUCCUACGGACGGGGAUGCAGCAGGUGGGAAUGCGUACUGAUGGGCUUUUUGUUCCUGACGGGAAAGGUGUGGAGAGCAGGACAGCGGUGUGCUCGUUGAUGUUGGACGAUGCAGGUGACUUGAUCUCGGGUGUUGCGGAUAUGGACAUUGGCCUCACGGCGCUCUAUCCGUGCGUCGGUGAAGGUGAAGAGCAGCUCGGAAAGCUCUUGGUGUCGGAUGCACCAGAGGCGGUGGUGUUUGAUGGCAAUAUCGGCAGCGAACAGGCAGGCGAGCUGCUGAGGGCUUGUGAAACGUAUAACGCCGGCAAGGGGGCUGACGAAGAUAAGCCAAGGCUGUUGACACUAUUCGAGCCAACAAGCAUCGCCAAGUCAAGCAUUGUUCUGAAGCACUUUGCCACCGCAAAAACGAAAGGCUUACCAGCCCAGCCGAUCAGCUUUGCCACACCCAACGCCGUCGAGCUGGAAAACAUCUACGAGGUCUCUCGACAGCUAGGACUGACUCCCACCCUCAACACCUCCACCUCGACUUCCAGUUCUAUUAUCUCGUCCAGCAUCAGCCCCACAACGCUGUCCAAAGCGGAAUCCCUUAUCAGCGCCGGGAUUUUUGCGACCAUCUUGCUCAAAGUCGGGCGUCACGGCGUCAUCACCAUUGACGCAGACCGGAUCUACCACCACCCCAUCCCCGCAGGCGAGGUGCAUGUAGUCAACACUACAGGGUGCGGAGACAGCUUUGCCGGUGCAUUUACUGCCGCGCUGUGUCACUUGCUUUCAAAGGGCAGGGUGGACUGGUCAAAGAUGAUCGAUGCAGCAGUAGAGGUCGGGCAGCGCGCAGCACGAAACACGCUUGCAUCGACAAAGGCUGUCGGAGACGGCAUGCAUCUUUUGCUCGGAAAGCAUAUGCCUUAG